AUCUGGGGUUUGAUCCGCCUCCUCUCACCUCUAACUACAGGCAGCCAACUCCUGGAAGCCUUCCUGGAUUAACCUCCUGCGUCCCUGCUGUGUUGACUCCUCUUUCCCCUCUCCCGGGUUCCACCAUGUCAGGUCCCUCCUGCUUCUGAGUCCUUAUCCCUCCCAACAUAUCCCUCCCACCCGCUCCUCACUGGGUGCUCAAGCCAUACUGGUCUCUGUUUCUGUUUUUUGGCUAUACCAAGGCUUGUUCCUGCUUGUGGGUCUGCACCUGUCCCCCCACCCCCACCCCGGCCUGGCUCCUGUCACAUGACCCCCCUUUCCUGCUUGACACCCUAGCCAAAGUAGCUGUCCAGUCUCUGUCACACAAAGCCCCUUUAUUUCAUUCCCAGUGUUACCAAAACUGGGUUCGUCUGUUGGUGGACGUCGAGCGGAAAGACACAACCAAGGCAAAGAGCAGGAGAAGGAAGAACUGAUCACUUGCAAUUUGGAACCAACUGUAACUGCUUCCAACCUGCCUCGAUCUAUGUCCACCCCUGGCAGCCUGAGGGAUUCUCCUAAAACCCACGUAGCUCUCCACUGCCCUCAGGCCAGCUCAGUAGAAAGACUUGGUGAUCUUUCGUGACCUGGGCUCUCCAGCCUCAAUUUUUGUCCCUUCCUGAACAUCACAAGCGGUUUAACUGGAACUAGGAAAGUGCUUGCAGAUGCCCACCGUGCCCUGCUCUCCACAUCUCUGCGCACGAGGCUCUUGCUACCUGGAACACCCCUGCAUCUCGGCUCCCUCGGGGGGGGGGGUAACCCCCACUAGAACGUCACAGCUGGCCUCCUACCAUCCCCCGCCUUUCGGCGCUUGAAGGACGCAGCCUGAGCUUUUGGAGGAGUUGACAUCACACAGUAAGAAAACGUCAGAAAACAAGGCCCCCAGGCGGCCACAGCACCAGGUCGUACAUCUCGGCUGGCCCCGCAGCACAGAGCGCGGGCUAGGCGGGGUCUCGGGCAGCGUGGGCGGGGCCGCACGCUCGGGCCCGCCCCCGAGCGCCGGCGUGACGAAAAUGGACGCCAACGUCAUGACGUCGUGCUCCCUCAGACGCUUCCCGGGCACGGGCGGUCACGUGGGCCGUUUUUCGCGCGAAAACUGGUUGUUGCUGGCGGAGCGGAGAGGAGCACUGAGCAGCGAUGGCGGUGAGCGCGCCGGAGUCUGAAUCAUCCGAGUCUUUCACGGUGGCGUCCAGCCCGGCCCCGAGGCGGAGAGCCAACGAUCCUCUGACCUCCAGCCCUGGGCGGAGCUCCCGGCGCACGGAUGCCCUGACUUCCAGCCCCGGCCGCGACCUUCCUCCCUUUGAGGAUGAGUCGGAGGGACUGCUCGGCACAGAGGGGCCCCUGGAGGAGGAGGAGGAGGAUGGGGAGGAGCUUUUCGGAGAUGGCAUGGAGAGGGACUACCGCCCCAUCCCGGAGAUAGAUGUCUACGAGCCCGAGGGGCUGGCCCCGGACGACGAGGACGUGGACGAGCUGACCGCCAGCCAGAGGGAGGCGGCCGAGCGGGUCAUGCGGCAGCGAGACCGGGAGGCCGGCCGGGGCCUGGGCCGCAUGCGCCGCGGGCUCCUGUACGACAGCGACGAGGAGGAGGAGGAGCGCCGCAGCCGGAAGCGGCGGCAGGUGGAGCGGGCCACGGAGGACGGUGGCGAGGCCGACGAGAUGAUCGAGAGCAUCGAGAACCUGGAGGACCUGAAGGGCCACUCGGUGCGCGAGUGGGUGAGCAUGGCCGGCCCGCGGCUGGAGAUCCACCACCGCUUCAAGAACUUCCUGCGCACCCACGUGGACGGCCGCGGCCACAACGUCUUCAAGGAGCGCAUCAGUGACAUGUGCAAAGAGAACCGCGAGAGCCUGGUGGUGAACUACGAGGACCUGGCCGCCAGGGAGCACGUCCUGGCCUACUUCCUGCCCGAGGCGCCGGCUGAGCUGCUGCAGAUCUUCAGCGAGGCUGCCCUGGAGGUGGUGCUGGCCAUGUACCCCAAGUAUGACCGCAUCGCCAGCCGCGUCCACGUGCGCAUCUCCCACCUGCCCCUGGUGGAGGAGCUGCGCUCGCUCAGGCAGCUGCACCUGAACCAGCUGAUCCGCACCAGCGGGGUGGUGACCAGCUGCACGGGCGUCCUGCCUCAGCUCAGCAUGGUCAAGUACAACUGCAACAAGUGUGGCUUCGUGCUGGGGCCUUUCUGCCAGUCCCAGAACCAGGAGGUGAAGCCGGGCUCGUGCCCCGAGUGCCAGUCAGCCGGCCCCUUCGAAGUCAACAUGGAGGAGACCAUCUACCAGAACUACCAGCGCAUCCGAAUUCAGGAGAGUCCUGGCAAAGUGGCGGCCGGCCGGCUGCCCCGCUCCAAGGAUGCCAUCCUCCUCGCGGACCUGGUGGACAGCUGCAAGCCGGGAGACGAGAUAGAGCUGACCGGCAUCUACCACAACAACUACGAUGGGGCUCUCAACACCGCCAACGGCUUUCCCGUCUUCGCCACUGUCAUCCUAGCCAACCAUGUGGCCAAGAAGGACAAUAAGGUGGCCGUGGGAGAGCUGACUGACGAGGAUGUGAAGAAGAUUAUCAGCCUCUCCAAGGACCAGCAGAUUGGGGAGAAGAUCUUUGCCAGCAUUGCUCCUUCCAUCUACGGGCACGAAGACAUCAAGCGAGGCCUGGCACUGGCUCUGUUUGGAGGGGAGCCCAAAAACCCUGGUGGCAAGCACAAGGUGCGAGGUGACAUCAACGUGCUCCUUUGUGGAGAUCCCGGCACGGCCAAGUCUCAGUUCCUCAAGUACAUUGAGAAAGUGUCCAGCAGAGCCAUCUUCACCACCGGCCAGGGGGCCUCGGCCGUGGGCCUCACGGCAUACGUCCAGCGGCACCCCGUCAGCAAGGAGUGGGCCUUGGAGGCUGGGGCCCUGGUCCUGGCGGACCGAGGAGUGUGUCUCAUCGAUGAAUUUGACAAGAUGAACGACCAGGACAGGACCAGCAUCCACGAGGCCAUGGAGCAGCAGAGCAUCUCCAUCUCGAAGGCCGGCAUCGUCACCUCCCUGCAGGCCCGCUGCACCGUCAUUGCUGCCGCCAACCCCAUAGGUGGCCGCUAUGACCCCUCGCUCACCUUUUCGGAAAACGUGGACCUCACGGAGCCCAUCAUUUCCCGCUUCGACGUCCUGUGUGUGGUGAGGGACACAGUGGACCCAGUCCAGGAUGAGAUGCUGGCCCGUUUCGUGGUCGGCAGCCACAUCAGACAUCACCCCAGCAACAAGGAGGAUGGGGGCCUGGGGGGCGCCCCAGAGCCCCCCAUGCCCAACACAUAUGGCGUGGAGCCCCUGCCGCAGGAGGUCCUGAAGAAGUACAUCAUCUACGCCAAGGAGAAGGUCCACCCGAAGCUCAACCAGAUGGACCAGGACAAGGUGGCCAAGAUGUACAGUGACCUGAGGAAGGAAUCCAUGGCCACGGGCAGCAUCCCCAUCACGGUGCGUCACAUCGAAUCCAUGAUCCGCAUGGCUGAGGCCCACGCGCGCAUCCACCUGCGGGACUACGUGAUGGAGGAUGACGUCAACAUGGCCAUCCGUGUGAUGCUCGAGAGCUUUGUGGACACGCAGAAGUUCAGCGUCAUGCGCAGCAUGCGGAAGACUUUUGCCCGCUACCUGUCGUUCCGCCGGGACAACAACGAGCUGCUGCUCUUCAUCCUGAAGCAGCUGGUGGCCGAGCAGGUGACGUAUCAGCGCAACCGCUUCGGGGCCCAGCAGGACACGAUCGAGGUGCCCGAGAAGGACUUGGUGGACAAGGCUCGUCAGAUCAACAUCCACAACCUGUCUGCCUUUUACGACAGUGAGCUCUUCAGGAUGCACAAGUUCACCCACGACCUGAAACGCAAGAUGAUCCUUCAGCAGUUCUGAGCGUCCGCGGCAGCUCCGUGGUCCUGGUGGAAGGUCAGACCUGGUGCUGACUUCACUCUGCUGCAGGGACCCAAAACCAAACUGCGCGGGGCUCCGAGUCGUGGGGCCGGGCUCGCAGCGGUGCCGUGUGGCUGCAUCCACCCCACGGCCGAGGUGUUUUAUUUCCUUGACUCACUUCCUCUGCUCUCAUCUCGGGGCGCUUGACUUCCCAGAGCUGCGUUUUCAGCCCUCUGACAACCGCCCAUCACUUGCAGGAGGUUCGCCUGACCUUCUGGGGAUUGAAGUCGAUUGUGUUCGGGCCCCUGGGGGCUGUUCUAGGGGGCUGAGCACGGAAGGGUGUCACCAGAACUGCUGGCCUCUUGGCAUGAGUUCCGUGUCCUGUUGCUUUUGCUGCCUGUGGUUGCAGAGCAAGUUCUCAGUAUUUGCAGCGUUUUUCUGAAUUGUGUCCUGCAGCCUUCUCCAGGCUCCCGUGAGUAGGGGCAGCGUGUGGGUCCUGCACAGAUGGGACCCUAAGCUGUCGGCACAGCCUCGCGUCCUCUGACGGCCCUGCAGCCUUGGCCUCCGCCAGUGGGAGGAGUGGGUUUGGGGUCAGAUGGUGAGGGUCGUCGGAGCCGGGCCACCCCCUCACCAUUGCUGUGUGAUCUGUUCUCCUACCUGGCCCUUUCCUCAUUCUCUCAUUUGUACACAGUUCUUGUUUCUGUCGUUGUAGUUUUUAAUAAAGUGGAGUAAACCUGAA